AAAGUGUUACAGAGACUACAAUAAAAUAUAAAUUAUAAAGCACUCAGAGGCACAGAGAGAGAAGGAGAUUCCUCUCUUAGAUUAACCAGGGUUCUUUCUACAUCAAAUGGGUGUUUCUUAUAUAUCAGAUCAAGUUUGUUCUGUUUGCAAUACCACAAAGAGAUUCAACGUCUUAUCAGAGCCAAUUUUGGAGUCUAACUUGGAAUUCCUACAUCUCAUUAAAGAGGCCAAUCUCAUUCUGAAGGGUCAUCACUCUUGCACUGAGGUUCAUCAGGGGACAUGCAGUAUACAUUGAGAAUAAUGAAGAAGAAGAAGCAUCAGAGUGAGGAGAAGAAUCCACGUGGCAGGUUGGCGAAGGAGGAGGAGGGUGGCGAGGAAAAGAUAAAGUGCUCGAGCAAGCAUUGUGGUUCAUGCUGCGGCGGCUACGUGGCUGAUUGCGUGGCAGUGUGUUGCUGCCCUUGCGCGGUGUUGCAUUGUUGUGCUAUGGCUAUUGUCAAGGGGCCUUCUCUUGUGGGAAGAAAGUGUUUAGGGUUGGGAAAGAACAAGAACAAGAACAACAACAUUAAAAGGGUUCAAGAGGGGUGUGAAGAUGAUGUUGAUGUUGAUGUUGUUGUUGAGAGGAACAACAGCAACAUUGAAAGGGUUCAAAGGGGUGUGAGGGAAAUUGACAGUGUCAUUGUCAAUGCUGGAUUUGAUGCAGAGAAGGUUUGGAAGGAACUCUAUCAGAUUGGUCAUAUGGAUUUUGGGAGGGUUUCUAGUUCCUCACAUGAUGAUUAAUUAUUUUGGAGAGCCAAAUCCACAAUGAUGGAAGAUUGCUCUUGCUCAACUGGUAAAUUAUAUUUUUUUUUUUGAAUUAAACAUGUUUUUAGUUCCUAUAAAUAUUAAAUAUUUGAUUUUAUUCUCUUAAUCAAAGCAAUGUUUUUUCGUCUUAAUUUUUUAUUUGAGGAUGAGUCGUGGCACAACAAAAAAGUUGUGCCUAAGUGACCGAUGGUUUAGGUUUGAAUUUGGAAAUAGUCUUUUUUACUUAUGCAAGAAGACUUCAUACAAUUAUUCUUUCUCGUACCUUUGUGAAGCGAGAAGCUUUAAACAUGAGGGUAUGUUAGUUUUAGUUUUUUACUUAAUCUUUUAUUUAUAAAAAUGUAUUAGGUGUUUUUUUUGUGUUUCACAAGAAUGUAUCUCUUUUUAACUCACCGUUUAUAAAAAUAAGAAUUACACAAGAUAUAGUUCUGUAAUUAAGGAGAUAUUUCUGUAAUUUAGGAGUCUAGGGAGAUUAAUUUAUUUUGAGGAACAAAAAUUAAUAUUGUUUUAUUUAUGGGGACUAAAAUCAUGUUUUGCCCUAGUUUUUAGGAGGUUGGAAUAUGUUGAUUUGCAAUUUGGCAUUGUAUAUGUCUCCCGCCUCUUUGAUUCAAUUGCAAACUCAAUGAAUUAUUAGGAAUUGAAUUCUAGACGUGUCUUUUGAACUUUGAUCCGUGACCUUUGUCUAUACAUUGUUGUCUUUGUUUUAUGUGUGGGAUCUUUAGAGCAAAGUGCGAUGUAACAUUUUGUAAGUAGUCCCCUUAAGUCUUUUGAGACAUCUUUGUUUUGCAGUCUAAUUGACAUUGUAUUUGGAAUGAGAUCCAAUAAAAGUUGGAGUUAGACUGUCAA